AGAUCUUGGACGCUUCUUUUUUCGAACAAUCGAACUUGUUUCCCGCGCAAUUUCUAAUCGAUACAAACAUAAUAAACAAACGAAAAAUAUAAAGUGUCAAUUACUGUGCUUGAUUAAUUAAUAAGUGUUUAUUAAACGAAUUUAUCUCUCGAAUUUUGUUUCUCUCAGUUAAAGAACGGUUAUUAUUUUAUAUCGUUUAGAAACUUUGGCGGCUCGACAAAUUUCAACAGACAUUUUCACAACAGUAAGAUAAUUAAUUAAAAUUAAACGACGAUAAUACGAACGAAAAUAUGAUUAUUAUUUUCUAUUUUCAACGCAACUAAAUAAAUAUUCCCAACAAAAAUUAAUCGGAAUGGUCAAGCGUAUUGUCAAGUUUUAAAAGAAGUUGUUAAAAUGUAUAUUUAACAUUAACGAAGAACUUCAUGGGUGGUUAAUAAAACAUUGCUAUUAUCCAGAAUGUUCUUGCUUGAAGCAUUCUCUUUACUGAUGUAUAAAGCUGUUUGCUAAAGAUAGCAUACUCCUGAAUCAGUAAUCGUACAUGCAACCAGAUGAAUAUUUUUAGUCAAAGCUUGUUUGCUGAUUUGGUGCAUGAAUUAGAUUUAUAAAAAGCAGAGACAUUUAAUUUUUCUUUUGAAAUGUGGUUAAGAAGUGAACAUGUGAGUAGAAGACUGCGUGGCCGUUUAUACAUAAGCGGUGGGUUGGGAAGCAAAACGUUUAGUGGCAGAGCGCAAACAGCAUCUCCACGGAAAGUACCAUUCAUCUCUAGCAGUAAUCAUCGCAUAAAUACUUUACGCAAAUGCAGCAGAUUAACUUGGUGGAGACAUAGAUCUCCAAAUUUUAUAAAAGAGGCUUGUAAAGAAAAUGUUUUACAUUUUGCCAAAACCUCGCCUAGUAGACGUGAGAGGGGUCCUCGUAGAAGAAAAUGUAUAAAACGAUCCAUGGUCACAUCAACUCCUCUACAUCGCACUACACAGAAGGAUAUUAUUCUACCACCGAAAGAAACAGUAGAAUCUAAAAUUUCUGAAGAAUCCAAGGAGAACUGGAAUAUAGCGAUUUUGUCACUUCAUUCGUCAAGUUUAAAUACAGAUUUGUUUUGUACACCAACACCAUCACAGGAUUUUAAAUUUUCACCCGCAGGAACAUCAUCAUUGAUUGAUCUAAUGCCUCCAGCAUCUCUAGGAUCUCAUUUAGACCUUACAUGUUUUCUUGAUGACGAAGGAAAUAGAAAUACAGAUAUUCUGUCAUUGCAUUACUCCGCACUUUGUUUACCAAAUGAAAUAUCUGAUGAAAAUUAUAGCUUAAUGAACUCAACAUCAAUGUAUAGCACUCGCACUACAUAUUCAUCGGAGAAAUAUUUUGGAAGUGGAAAAUAUCCGUUUAUCAAUAACAAUGAGAACAAUAGUAGUAUAUCAAAAAGUCAGUAUACCAUUGAAAAUAAUUCAUUCAAAUUUGAAGGAACUGUGGAUUUUUCCACUCCAAAAUAUAAUACUUCUGCAAGUGUAUAUGAUAUAGAUGGUCAUCAUCCUUCUGAUACUAAUGAUAACAUUAAUAUGAAAUAUGAUGCUGAAGAUAUUGACAGCGAAUAUCAUGACGCCGAAUAUAUGGAAGUUGGUAGCGAAGAGAUAGUAGAAACUUGUGAUGUCGAAAAUAUGGUUACUCAAGUACAAGAAGAAUGGGAGCCAUUUGAUCCAUAUGUUUUUAUUAAACAUUUACCACCUUUGACACCAGCAAUGAGAGCCAGAUGUCCGGCUUUACCUCUUAAAACACGAAGUAGUCCAGAAUUUAGUUUAGUAUUAGAUUUGGAUGAAACUCUCGUACAUUGUAGUUUGCAAGAGUUAUCUGAUGCAGCAUUUCAAUUCCCAGUAGUUUUUCAAGAUAUAACAUACACAGUGUUUGUUAGAACACGACCAUUUUUUCGAGAAUUUUUGGAACACGUUUCAGCGCUAUAUGAAGUAAUACUCUUUACUGCAAGUAAACGAGUAUACGCAAACAAAUUAAUGAACCUUUUGGACCCAACAAGAAAAUUAAUUAAAUAUCGCUUAUUCAGAGAACAUUGUGUAUGUGUUAAUGGAAAUUAUAUUAAAGAUUUAUCUAUACUUGGAAGAGAUUUAUCUAAAACUGUGAUCAUCGAUAAUAGCCCUCAAGCAUUUGGAUAUCAGUUAGAAAAUGGCAUCCCUAUAGAAAGCUGGUUUGCUGACCGUUCAGAUAAUGAACUAAUGAAGUUAUUACCAUUUUUAGAAAAUUUAGUUAAUUGGGGUGGAGAUGUUAGACCACACAUUAGAGAACAAUUCCGAUUGUUCAGUUUUUUACCACCAGAUUAAUUAAGGUACCAUAUAAAAAUUUAGUACUGGCUGAAAUAUAGGAUUAAAAAAAAAAUAAUAAAUCCUAUUAUCAGUCUUCAGAUGUGCGUGAAAGCAUGUGUGCAAUGUGUAUAUCCGUGGUGAAAAAAAGCAAACGAUUAUUCUAUACGCGUAUAUCACAUUACGCGUGUAACGUUAUAUUCAAUGCAAUGUCUUAAGAGAGUGUGCCUGAUGAAGAAUAGAACGAAAUUCAUAGACCUGAAAGGUCUAUAAACAUUAUUUGUUGUUUAAAGGAUAAUUGUUUCUCUAAUGGAAGGAACACUUUACAAAAAAAGUUUAUUGAUAUUUCACUAAUUAUCUUUAUCCAUAAAUAUAACAAAUAUUAGUGAACGACAUUGAACAGUUUCAUGCAAUCUUAAGAGAUAGUUCAUCUUUCCAGUUCCAUAAUGGAAUCACUUUCGAAUGUCUACCGUUACAUAGUAAUACAAAUACAACAUAAAUUUAAGAAUAUCUUCGAAGAUUUCAUGUUGCACCAAGAUUACAAAUUUCUUUAUAUAUCAGAUCUGUGUUCUCUAAUAAUUUAGUGGUAUCGCAACAUUAGCAUUACUAAUUACGAUCUUAUGUAAUGCAGAUUUACAAAUUAUUUUUUUUU